AACAAACUCUAAAGUUUGGGAGGGACUGCCAACCUGAACCUGCACUUUCCUCUCAAGUCCAACGCGCGCAACUCGUCAGAAAUGGAGACGACUUCCGAUACCCCACGCUCCGUCGUCCGAGCAGACGGCCACGGCGGCGGCGGCGGCCAUGUUCUCCUCCUCGCCUUCCCGGCGGCGCAGGGCCACCUCAACCCCAUGCUGCAGCUCGGCCGUCGCCUCGCCUACCACGGCCUCCGCCCCACGCUAGUCACCACGCGCCACCUCCUCGCCACCGUCCCGCCCCCUUUGCCCCCCUUCCGCGUCGCCGCCAUCUCCGACGGUUUCGAUGAAGGCGGCAUGGCUGCGUGCCCGGACUUCCGGGAGUACGGGCGCCGGCUGGCGGCCGCGGGGUCCGAGACCCUGGAGGCGCUCUUCCGGUCCGAGGCCGCGGAGGGGAGACCCGUGAGCGUGCUCGUGUACGACCCGCACCUACCCUGGGCAGGCCGUGUGGCGCGCGCCGCCGGCGUGCCGACGGCCGCGCUCUUCUCGCAGCCCUGCUCGGUGGACGUCGUCUACGGGGAGGUCUACGCGGGCCGCGUCGGCCUGCCGGUCGUGGACGGGAGCGCGCUACGUGGGUUGCUGAGCGUCGAGCUGGGGCCGGAGGACGUGCCGUCGUUCGUGGCGGCGCCGGAGUCCUACCCUCUGUUCCUGGACGCGGUGGUGGGGCAGUUCGAUGGGUUGGAGGACGCCGACGACGUGCUCGUCAACUCGUUCCAUGAGCUCGAGCCCAAGGAAGCUGACUACUUGGCAUCAACAUGGCGCGUGAAGACCAUUGGCCCGACACUGCCGUCGUUCUACCUGGACGACAAUCGGUUGCCGUCCAAUAAGACUUAUGGGUUUGACCUCCUCGACAACACAGCACCGUGCAUGGCAUGGCUGGACAGCCAGCCCCCUUCCUCAGUCGUAUAUGCCUCCUAUGGGACUGUCGCUGACCUCGACCAAGCCCAAUUAGAGGAGAUAGGCAAUGGAUUGUGCGAUUCCGGCAAACAAUUCCUCUGGGUUGUCAGGUCCGUUGAUGAACACAAGUUGUCUGAACAGCUCCGUGACAAGUGCAAGGAAAAGGGGCUAAUUGUUUCGUGGUGCCCCCAGCUUGAAGUCUUAUCUCACAAGGCCACAGGUUGUUUCUUAACUCACUGUGGAUGGAACUCGACAACAGAAGCAAUUGUUACAGGCGUACCACUUUUGGCAAUGCCUCAGUGGACAGAUCAACCAACUACAGCAAGGUACAUUGAGAGUGCAUGGGGGAUUGGUGUGCGUGUGCAUCGUGAUAAAGAAGGUAUAGUGCGGAAGGAAGAGGUAGAGAGGUGCAUUAGAGAAGUCUUAGACGGUGAGAGGAAGCAGGAGUACAUGAAGAAUUCUGCUAUGUGGACGAGAAAGGCUAAGGAAGCAAUGCAGGAAGGAGGAAGCUCGGACAAGAAUAUUGCUGAGUUUGUGGCCAAGUAUUCUCCAACUACUAGUUGAUGUUAAAAAAAAAUCUGUACUUAGGUGUUAUAUUUGGAUAUCAUUGAAGAGGUGAAAUGUGUGGUUUUCUUGUGUGAUCGGAAACUACAGUUUGCAGGCGAAUAUAUUAUAAAAUUUGACAUGUUGUAUUCAGUAUGACACUUUUGACUUAUCCAUGCCAUGAGCAUAUUAUCA